AUGGAAGCUGUCGAUUCGUUCUUCCCAGAUCCACAAAGGGACGUGGACAAGCCCUUCCUCAUGGGUGUGGAGACUGUGAUGAGCAUCACGGGGAAGGGCACAGUUGCCACGGGCAAAAUCGAGCGUGGCAUUGCCAAGACGGGUGACACGAUCGAGAUUGUCGGGGUCAAGGAUAAGACCGCGAAGGCCACCAUCUCUGGCAUAGAGAUGUUCCACAAAACAUUGGAUGAGGGCCAGUCUGGCGAUCAGUGUGGAAUUAUGCUGAAGGGUAUCAAGAGGAGCGAGAUCUUGCGAGGGCAGGUUCUGUGCGCUGCCGGGACUGUGAAAACGUUCUCUAAGUUUGAUGCGGACAUCUACGUGCUGAAGGAGGACGAAGGCGGACGCAAGAAGCCCUUCUUCUCCAGCUAUAGACCACAGGCAUUCAUCCGAACGGGCAUGGUGACUGUGGAAGUGCAGCUUCCCGAAAGCGUGGAAAUGGCCAUGCCGGGGGAUUCCCUCUCCAUCAGCCUGGCUGCCGAGAAGCCCAUGGCUUUGGAGGAAGGGCUGCGCUUCGCUCUCCGAGAAGGUGGUCUUACGGUAGGCUCUGGCAUCAUCACCAAGUGCUACUAG